AUGGGAACAUUUUGUUGCUGCCCUUGUGGAGAGGAUUUAGAAGAAUACACUCAUCCAAACGGUUCUAUGUAUAGGCAUUGCCUGUGCCUGAGAAGAUUCUUUCAUCGACUUUUGAGUGGGGUAACGUCAUCUUCUAUGGGCUUCCUCAGAGACGAUCAACAUUUUUUUGGUCACGUCCAUAGUUUAACCAUAUUUUUUAAAUAUUUUCAAUGAUUCUUCCUUAAUUCUUGUCGCCAUGUCUUAGUUCUUUUGCAAUGCUGUUAAAGAGCAUAUUUUAUUGCGGAAUAGGACUCCAGUUUUAUUACGUUCAUAUUUGAAAUUCUAAAUGCUCCAUUUGUAAUAUUAAUGAAGAUCACAAUCUUGUAUAUUUUUUCUUGUUUAUUUUUUUUUUUUAAGUUCUGUGCAGUGUUAAAUCACGUCAUAACAACCGCAAAUAUGACUAUCGUUUCUAGUUCAGUCUCUCUGAUUUACUUUUCCAGUUGAAAAAAUAAAAAAAUUAUCGACUCUUUUCCUCCAGAAACUAACUAUUUUCGAUUAAAAAUCCAUAAUUGUUUAUAUCUCUUAAUUAGAUCAUUUGGCCCGCUGGGCACUGUUUUAAGGUAAGGAUGACUAGUUCGAAUUGGAAAUAACUCAACUGAAGAGGGUCCUCUACCAUCCAUCAUCUUAGCUUCGGAACUGUUAGCCAAGGAUAACAAACUGACCAGAGAAGAUUCUCUUGUAGUUAAGAAAUUCAUCCGCCACCAAAUUCGGACGUUUUUACCUUACAGCCAGGGAACUACCCUCAUCAAUGUUUACAGUAGGGAAGUGGCACUUUUGGAACCUUAAUCGUUUAGGAUAUAAUAGUCAGAAUGUCUCACUCCUGCUAUAUGCCAUGAAUUUCUAUAACCUAACAUCCACAUAAUGACUAGGCCUCCUGUUAGGAAAACAUCUGCCGCAAGUUCUCUUCCUGGCAGUCUUUGAAUUUUCUUGUCAAUUCUCUGAUUCUCCCUUUGAUUGUCUUAACAACAAAAAGUCAAAGCUCCUUCUCUUCGAAGCCCAAGCAAGUUGAUUCGCAGAGUGCCGAUCUCCCCCUUCUUGCGCUGAUUUUAUCUCAUCUUCAGUUCUUCUUGUGAUGCCUUGGAUCUGUAGUAUAAGGAAGAGGUGAUCUAAACGUGUGCUAUGGCUGUUGGUUAAACAAGAACGGGUGUUCCGCAUGCUGGGUGUGUUUUAUUUAUGAUUUAAAAUCCUUUUACCGCAGAGGAGAAUAGUAUUCUAUAAUGAGUGAAAUGGCCAUAGGCCAACUGAAAAUGAUGCAUAAAAGUGAUGACAAGUAGAGAUUGAAAAGUUUACAUCACCUUACAUAACAACAGAUUUACACGAAAAGCCAAAAAGUUGAAAUAUUAAAAAGUAUUUUAUUAAUCCAUUGAAAACAAUUCCAUGAUUGUAUUGCAGACUUCAUGCAUUUGAUAUUAUUCAUCUUAUGCUCUGGUCGCUUAUGGAUAACAAAAAAAAACUAGAUAAAUUUUUGAGAAGCAAUGAAUUUCAAGUAGGUAGAAUCAAUGAAGGAUGUAUAUGCUAUGUGAUUAAAUUAUACAUUAUUAAGCUUUUUGAAUAUCCGUGAUGGUAGAAAACUUUUGACAUUUGCUGUUACUUCUGCAAUUAGUUGUGUAUAUCUCCAUUUGGAGGACACAGCACUUAUACAUAAGGCUUGCUUGAUUUUGGGGGCUCAGGUUCUUCUUUGCUGUAUCUCCCAACAACGGCUCUGAUGCAGAAGUACUCAGAGCCUAUGAGUACAACAAACUUAUAGAGCAAGCUUUUGCCCUCCCCUUUUCUACCUCCUUUUUUUGUGCUCAAGUUUGCACGAUUACAGAAUAUUUUUCCUUUUUAUACCCUGGUAUCUUUGAUUUGUAAUCCAACUGACCCUUUCUAACUUCAACAUCUUGUUCUCGUCUUUAGAAUGGUGCAGCGUUUCAGAGGAUGGAUGGGCGGAAUGUUAUGCUCUCAAUCCAAGGAGGAAGUCCGUCGGCUUCAACUGGAUUGGGCGUGGUGCCAGACAAUGGUUCAUUGACUGAGACAUGCCAUCUUGUCCCUCGUCCUGCAUCUUAUGAUACUGAGGCAAGAUACUCACUUUCACAACGUGAUGGGUUGGUGUCCAGGCACGAGAAAUUUAUGGGCAAUGUCCAGGAGAGUUCUCGGGCCUUUAGAAGUAGUAACAGCUCUGGAACUCUGCAUCUGGGCUCAGCUAAGAAAAAAGAUAUUACAGACUCUGAGGAGGAAAGUACGACUGCACUCUCGGAAUAUGAUAAAUUUUGGCCUGGAAAGGCAUCAGGUGGGAUUGAUUACAUGGUUACAACAUCUGAAGAGGAAGAUGUCUGCCCAACCUGUCUUGAAGGUAGAUGAAUCUUUCUGGCUUUGCCUUGUUCGUUUAGAAUUCUGUCAUAAUCCGAGCAGUAAAUGAAUUGGACCUAUCCACACUCUUGACUAGUUGAAAGUAUUAUUUUCUGCAGACCAGACAAGAAUAAACAGAGGGGAAAUAUUUCUGUAUAUCAGUUCAUGGAACAAUUGCUGGUUAUAUACAACUACACCGCCCUCAAAAAAAGGAAAACUACCUAAGUUGAAUCCAACGAUUUAUAGGAUACUCAAUCAAAUUAGGAAACUGACCAACAACCUAACCCUUAAUUAUAGGUUUUUUUUUCCCACUCUUCUCCUCAAGCUGUUGAAUAGGGAUUCAUCAUUCCCAGCUUGGAUAUAAUACCCUACAUUAUAGAACUACUUUGUCCCUUAGUAAGUACAUCCGCAAGUUGACCAUGUGUAGACACAUUAAGUGUACAAAUCAAUCCACACUCUAACUUCUCCUUGAUGAAGUGUCCGUUAAUCUCAAUAUGUUUUCUUCAAUCAUGUUGCACAUGGUUGUGAGCUAUGUUGACUGCAAACUUGUUAUCACAAUAGAGUCUUAUUGGGUCAUCCCACUUAAUAUUUAAGUCUUUGAAGAUGAUCUUCAACCAAAGUAGUUCAUACAGACCCAGAGCCACUCAGAAUUCAAUUCUGAAUUAUGCUGUGCCAUCACAUUCUAUUUCUUACUACUCCAUGUCACGAGAUUACCAAAAGAAAGGUGCAAUAUUCAAAGUUUGAUCUCCUGUCAACCACUGACCUUGCAUAAUAAGCAUACGUGUACGCUUCAAGUGCCAACCCUCCAUUUCUCCGAAAAUAAUACCUAUUCCUGGUGUCUCUUUGAGAUAUUCUAGUGCUUGGUGAGCUACAUGCAGAUGGACUUUCUUUGGACUGUGCAUGAACUAGCUAAUCACACUCACUGCGUAUACUAUAUCUGGUCAUUUAUGAAACAAAUAAUUGAGUCUUCUUUCGGUCUUAUUUGUUAUCUAAGAUGUAUAACGUACUUCUGUUGAGGAAUGAAAAUGUCCUGCCUAGAGUGACCUACUUCAGUCCCAAGAAAGUAUUUCAGUCUCCGUAAUGUUUUUCUGUCAAACUCAGCCAAAAACUGACUUAGAUAUUGUCUCUCUUAUCCUUCGUCAUUAUUAUGUCAUCAAUGUAUACCGAGAGUUUUCUGACUCUCCAUGAGGAUGAUGUUAAGUGAACAGCGUGUGAUCCCAUGGGCUUUAUUUUUACCCCAUAGUAAUCAUGGCUCUUGCAAAUCUCUCAAACCAUGCCCAAGGUGGUUGCUUAAGUCUGUACAAGGCUUUCUUUAAUUUAUAGACCAUACAAGGUUUGAUUCUCCUUCGGUCUUCUGUCUGGUAGCUCCUGAAUCGAUUAUUCAAGAAUUGGCAAAGGUGGUACUUGAGCCAUUUAAUGCAAUAGAGAAUGGAAACUCACCUAAGUAUACCAAUGAACAAGAAUCUGUGACCUUGUCAAGAUUUUCCAAUAGGAGAUCUCACCCUCUUGGCCUUUUCUUUGUUGAGACACCUUGACUCAUUUGGUGCUGCUUCAUCCUGCUGUAUUGUCGUGACAUGAGUUUGACCAUUGUUCCUUGGUUGUUCUCUUUUGUUCCCAUUCUUGACUUCCAACAGCAUUCAUGAUUAUGACAUGAUUAUGAUAUGGUAUCGAUUCUGGGCCUUCAAUUGCCCAGGUUUUUCACUCUCAGCAACUUGUGCUCUCUGCAUUUGUGGCUGAAUUAUUGGCACCUUUACCCACCAUAGCCGAGCUGUCUGUGCUUUUUGGUUUGAGCAUCAAGCAUCUCCUGCUUUCCUCUCCUCAAAUCAGUGGCCACUACUUCAUUAAAACGUGGAAUCUACUGCUUGCCAAGGAUCUGAAUUCUCAUUUGUCAAAUUCUAGAUUAAGUCCAACGAGAAAAUCAUAAACUGUCUUUCUCAAUAAAAUCUUCAAAUAGCUGCAUCCUCUGGACAUUUGGUUUUAAUCACCCUAUAAUUGUGAAGUUCUUUCCACAAAGCUUUCAACUGAUCAGCAUAUUCCCUAGUUGGUAUGCUUCCCUGUUUUGCAACGAUCAUCUUCACCUAACUUUCAUAGACUUGUACUGCAUCUAUAGCUUUGGAAUAAGUAUGCUGGAUUGGAUCCCAAAUAUCCUUGGCUGUAGCCAAGAACACACACUGCGUUGCUAAUCAUGGAGUUUUCUUCAGCCCAAUGCCGCAAACCGAGGAUCCUCUGGUUUGGGCCCUGUGCUUAUGAGAUGGCUGAUCUUCCCUUUCCCUUUCAGCACUGUGCAGACAAAUUGGUGCCACUUGGGGUAAUUUUUUCCAGCUACCUGUAUGCAGCUUGAAUACUCUGUAGCUCCAUCUUUCCCUUCAAUUAUGUGUUAGCGAUCGUUUCUACAACCUCUGUCAUCUGUAAGACGUGAGAUGGUAUGAACAGCAGUCUGAAGAAUACCAAUCCUGAACAGUCUUGAAUCUCUGUCAACACAGAAAAUGAGAGAUCCAGCUGAUCCAAGAGCCUGAAAAAAUAUCCAAGGAUGACUGCUGAAACGGGAUAUCCUAAGGGGAGAAUACUCUUUCUCAAAUCGGAGCAAGACCAGAAACAGACAGAGAUCCUGCAUGCCACCUUAAGAUUGACAUAGAGAAGAGGAUGGGGAGGAUGAAGACUACGGAAUUACAAGCUCAGAUAUGAUGAGGCAUAGCUAACAAGAAUAAACAGUGGGGAAAUUGUUUUAUCAUAUCAAUUCAUAGAACAAUUGCUGGUUAUAUACAAUCACCCCGGCCUCCGAAAAAGAAGGAAACUACCUAGGUUGAAUCCCUUGAUUUAUAAGAUACUCAACCAAAUUAGGAAACUGAGCUACUCUUUACUCAUACGUUUUUCUCCCGCAUUAUUUUUAUUUUGGAUAUAUGUACAGCUGGAUUCUUUUAGCUAGUCAGUUUGACCCCUUCAUGUAGUCAAAGUUCCCCAAGCUGUGAAUCCAACCAGGGUUCUUCUUUUCCAAUUCAGCAAUAGUUUUUGACCUCUGAUGGCAUAUCAUUUACGAUUUGAUUUUGAUCGUGUGGUCGUCAUUAACCAUGCAUUAAUUAUUUAUAAAUCAUGGGUUUUUGUGAUCCCAUAUUUAGAAGAUGUACAACAUUAGAUUUAAGAUCAUGAGCAGUUUCAUUAUACAGGUCAAUGCAGAUUAAAUGCCCUACUUCAUUUGUACUGUUCUGAUAGAAAUAUGAUUCGUUCGAUUCAUUUUUAUCUGAUUUUCAUGCUUAUGUCAGAUCAAUCUGCAGGAAGUGACCACCAAUGUUCUUAUUUUGCAGAAUACACUUCUGAUAAUCCAAAAAUUUUAACCAGCUGCUCUCAUCAUUUCCACCUCGGCUGCAUAUAUGAGUGGAUGGAGAGAAGCGAUAAAUGCCCAAUUUGUGGAAAGGUAUGCAAAUUUUUUUCUUUUUUUUUUUUGCUUCAACCAAUGAAAUUGCAGCUCUCUCUCUCUCUCUCUCUCUAUCUCUCUCUCUCUCUCUCUCAUCUCUCGUUGUGAAUGGUGGAAGGGCCAAUCCCAAUGCUUCUUUUUAAAAAAGCAUCGCUUUCUCAUCCUCUGCAUAUCCAUGGCUGGAUUUGGUAACACCCCUUUCAUUCUCAGGAGAUGGAAUUCUGUGAGAGCCCGUGA